AUUUUAGAUAGCAAUGAUCUCCAAUUGUCAAACAAACCAGUAUACUUACAAUCUGCUCCUAGAAUACUUGAAUCCUCUGUCUUAGCUUCUUCCACAGGACUACCUGAUAGUGAAAAUAACUCGACAAAUAAACGAACUUCUGUAUAUAUUGGAGGAAAUGUUGAUAUGCCGGGACGAAUGGAUCUAACAUUAUAUAACGAUGAAAUGAUAAGAUAUGAUGAUGAAUUUGGUUAUGGUGAUGAUGAAGGUGGAUCUGAUACCAUGUCUGUAGCAGAUAACCAAUAUGAUGAGGAUGAUAGUGAUUUUGAAGAAGACAUACCGGCAGAAGAAGACAUACCGGGAGAAAUUGAUUUAAGGGACUAUCCAUAUUGA